AUGGUGAAUGCACCUAAGAACGACCUGGCAUCGGCCAAGAGGGUCGUGGUGAGGAACACUGUUUAUGUCAAGUGGUUUUAUAUGGACAAGCGUUAUGCUCAGGCACGCUUUGGUAGUAGAUGGUAUAUGAUCUUAACACCCACCAUCGUGAUGUCGGCAGAUCGAGAAAAGUCGAUGAGUACGGGGUCAACGAAUGUGUAUAAGAGAACAGUGGAAGCAGUUUGUUUUUCAAAUCUUGAGGGCAUCAAGAGCUCAAAGCAGAAUAAGUUUAGUUCACAGAUACUUAGAAUAGUGUCACAUGACGAGGAUGCAGGUGAUGACGAUUCACUCGUAAUCGCUGGACCUCCACGUGUACUUUUGCUGAGAGAACAAAAACGUGCAGAUAGAGCGAAGGCUUUGGCUACUACAGAUUUAGCCUUAAUCGAACCACAACAAUUAGCAAGCGUAGUCAAUCAGGAGACAGUACACAACAGUGAUCAGCAACAACAACGAACACAUACAAACACAGAGGACACACACGCAUCAGCAAAUACCUUACCAGCGCUGAAUGUACUACCCACGCCUGCUUCUAGUAUACAUAAUGCACUUACAGUCACCAGCACUGCGAACAUAACUGGAAAACCUACAGACAAGAACCUGGUAUUGGCUCCAACUCUUAUAAACAAUGAGAUACAAACAGUAAAUGACGCCAGUAUUGUUGUACUAAUGCCUUUGAACGUGGAACACAAAUACCCAGAGACAGCACCAAACCUGUCACACUACACGGGCAGACAUGGCACUGGGGUGAGGUAG